AUGGACUUGGUGUCGCACGGGUCGUCGGCAUUUAUCGCCAGUCUCAAGGCCAACACGACCCUGACAGAGCUCAACCUGAGUCGCAACUUUUUAAAGGAGCGUGAUGGUUUGUUGCUGGGCGAGAUUAUCAAACACAACAACACGCUCAACAAGGUGGACCUUAGCUUCAACGAGUUCCGUAUAUCCGGUCUCAAGAGCAUCAUCGAGGCGUUGCAGUACAACCACGCAGUCACGGAUAUUAAUUUGGAGGCUGUGUGUCGCUUGGACUCUCAUCGAGGGCAUCAUCCAACUCAAACACAACCGCAAUCUCAAGAGCCUCAACCUCAGCCACAACACGUUUGGCAAGCAGUUCAACCAUGCGCUGGGCGACCUCAUUGCGCAGAACCGCUCCGUCACGAAUUUGCACCUCAACUACCUCAAACUGGACGACGAGUGCGGCGCCAAGGUUGGACGCGCACUCUGCGCCAACCAGACCCUUCGGUCACUAUCCAUGAUCUACAACCAGCUGGGUCGCGAGAGUGGUUUUGA